UCUCGCCAUUUUUCGUAGGUCUCUUUCUCGCUCGUUCUCCUUCUCUGCUCGUCUGAGGGAAUCUACGUUCAUCUUCCUGGUUCAUAUCCGACGAACCAGGUUAAAAAAGAAGCCUGCAUGCAGGAGUAUACAGUACAGGCCCAUGCCUUGUUGUUUUAGUGGAAUUCAAGUGUCCCAGUAUUCUAACUUAAACCAUAGAAAAUGGGUCGUGGAGUGAGUAGUGGUGGAGGCCAAAGUUCAUUGGGAUACCUGUUUGGGGGUGGCGAGGCACCAAAACCAGCCACCAAUCAUGCUCAAGAUGCUCAGAACCAGGGACAUGGUGCAGGUAAUGGACCCACCCAGAAGUCUACUCCUGCACCAGUUGACAACAGUAAGCAGAUUCCAGCUGGUAUCCUGGGGAACCAAGCAAACAACUACUUCCGUGCAGAUGGCCAGAACUGUGGGAACUUCAUCACGGAUCGGCCUUCUACCAAGGUUCACGCUGCACCUGGCGGUGGAUCUUCCCUGGGUUACCUCUUUGGUGGUGGGCCUGGUGGCAACAACUAAUGCCGUUUCUCCUUGAGAUCAUUGAACUAUUGUUUACUGUUUGUCUAGAACUCAUAGUAAUUUGGAAGAAACAAUAUUCCAUCCAGCCUUGUCCUAUAUAGACACUGAACUGUGUGAUCAUGUGAUGUUAAUAUAUAUAGCCCUGUUCUUGUGGGAACGCUUGUGACUGGAUUUGCUCCGAAGGAUAAUGUGAUUAGAAGCAAAAAUAUCCACCAGCAAGCUUAACGUUAAACGACUUUUCUAUUUUCUGUUCUGCUGAUGCCUUUUAUUUUGUUUUAAUGUGGAUACUGUUAAAUGUAUUUUCUGCAACAUGAUCACAUUUAGCCGAUUGACGUGGCAAUUGUAUUGUUCCGAAAAACAGAACCAUGUUGCCGGAACUUCCUGGAUUGGUUUUA